CGCGUUCCCCUUGCUCUUACGGCAUAUCUCUUCGCAUAUGCGAGCAACUGUUUCUCGUGCGCGGUUCGUUCGUUCGUUCGUUCCUUCGUUGCGACUCUUACCGUCUAUUGUAUCUCGGAGGUGAACUGUGAGAAACAUUUGAUUUUGAUCAACGACCGCCGAAGAUUUUGACAACGCGUUACCAUUACUUUUGAACGUGCGUGCUGCGUUUCUUUCGAGGUUUGACAAGUUCGUUCAGUGCAUGGAAACAAUAUAUGCAUCACAUUCGGAUACGUUAAAAUGUUCGUGCCUCCGCACGACUAUCGAGUUGAAGACCUGCGUCGUUGACGAGACGCGCGCCGUGAUCGACGAUUUACGCGUUGCACGAGCUUCGGCGCCGGUGAUCAAUCGAUCAAUCAGCGAGAUCAAAUUCAAAAAGGGAAAUUGGAGCAAAGGGUCCGUUUGUGAAGCUUCACUUACUCCGGCAAACACAGGGAAAAAAUUGCAACAGCUGAUCUAGAGAGAAAGAGAGGAGAGAGACAGAGUCGACUUGCCAGGAUGACGACACUGGAAGAUUAAAGAUACUAAUUUAGCCAAGCUCGUUGUACAAAAUCUGCAAAAAACACGCGCAAACAAACUUCACAAAACAUCCUCCUGGGAGAGAAAAAGAGAGAGUGAGACGGAGGUGGUCGAGAAAGAGAGGUUAGGGACGAGGAAAAAAAAGAGUGGUUAAGAAAAUAGAGAAGAAGCGUCGAGGGAGGUGCGUUCUUGCGCUUGUAUGCGUAUAAGUGUGAAGGCGCGCGCGCGCGCGUGUGUGCGUGCGCGCGUAUACGAAACAGUGACGAAAGCACGGGGGCAGAAACGAAGAUCAGAGGAGAAACUAUUUGGUGAUUCGAAAAUGUGUUGCUCGUCUGAUCGAACAUCAAUAUUGUAUUGAGAGGGAAGUGUGCAACAGUGGGAGGGAAAAGACGAAGGAAUCAGGAGAAAAAGGGGGGAGGGGACUUUGAAAAAAAGGCGAGUCUCGCGAGGAGGAAAUGAAGAUGACAGGUAGUCGCAGUAGUGAAAUAAACCCGGAAGUGACGCUGCACGGCGAGGGCGGGAAGCACACGGUUCAUUGGUUUCGCAAGGGUCUCAGACUGCACGAUAAUCCCUCGUUGAGGGAGGGCCUCGUCGGAGCUUCCACCUUUCGUUGCGUGUUCGUUUUGGACCCGUGGUUCGCCGGAAGUACGAACGUUGGCAUCAACAAAUGGAGAUUCCUGCUGCAGUGUUUGGAGGACCUCGACUGCUCCUUGAGGAAAUUGAACUCCAGGUUGUUCGUGAUACGGGGACAACCGGCGGAUGCUCUGCCAAAAUUGUUCAAGGAGUGGGGCACCACGAACCUGACCUUCGAGGAAGAUUCAGAGCCAUUUGGACGCGUCCGAGAUCAUAAUAUUUCGGCGUUGUGCAAGGAGCUUGGUAUCUCCGUGGUCCAAAGGGUCUCGCAUACCCUCUACAAGUUGGACGAGAUCAUCGAGAGGAACGGAGGGAAGCCACCGUUGACCUAUCACCAAUUUCAAACCGUGGUUGCCAGCAUGGAUCCUCCGGAACCACCGGUGCCCACCGUUACUUCCGUUUGCGUAGGCUCGGCCUACACUCCGUUGAAGGAAGAUCACGACGAUCAUUACGGUGUCCCAACGCUCGAAGAACUUGGCUUCGACACGGAAGGUCUUCUUCCACCUGUGUGGGUCGGAGGCGAGAGCGAAGCUCUGGCACGGCUGGAGCGCCACCUUGAGAGGAAAGCUUGGGUGGCUAGUUUCGGUAGACCGAAAAUGACCCCGCAGUCAUUGUUGCCCAGUCAAACCGGCCUCUCGCCGUAUUUAAGAUUUGGAUGCCUAAGCACCCGGCUAUUUUAUUAUCAGCUCACUGAUCUCUACAAAAAGAUAAAAAAAGCGGUUCCGCCGCUCUCGUUGCACGGGCAGCUUUUGUGGCGCGAAUUCUUUUACUGCGCCGCGACAAAGAACCCGAAUUUCGAUCGGAUGCAGGGCAAUCCAAUCUGCGUGCAGAUCCCUUGGGACAAGAACGUCGAGGCACUCGCCAAGUGGGCAAACGGCCAAACGGGAUUUCCGUGGAUCGAUGCGAUCAUGACUCAACUGAGAGAGGAGGGUUGGAUACAUCACUUGGCUAGACACGCGGUCGCCUGUUUCCUGACCAGAGGUGACCUUUGGAUCUCCUGGGAAGAAGGGAUGAAGGUGUUCGACGAGCUACUGCUGGAUGCCGACUGGUCGGUGAACGCGGGAAUGUGGAUGUGGUUGUCGUGCAGUUCUUUCUUCCAGCAAUUCUUUCACUGCUACUGCCCGGUGAGAUUCGGCAGAAAGGCCGACCCAAAUGGCGAUUACAUCAGACGAUACUUGCCGGUUCUGAAAAACUUCCCGACAAGAUACAUCCACGAGCCGUGGAACGCACCUCUCAGCGUGCAGCGUGCAGCCAAGUGUAUCGUCGGCAAAGACUACUCGUUACCGAUGGUGAAUCACAGCAAAAGUUCCAGGAUUAAUAUCGAGAGAAUGAAGCAGGUCUAUCAGCAAUUAAACAAAUAUCGUGGUAACGGUGCAUCCCUUAAAGGAGAAACAGUUGGUUUACUGAAUGCACUGCCACUUCCAUCGGUGAAAGAAAACGAGGAAGAAAAGAAGAAGACGAAGCAAUCUCCGCCUCCCUCGGAGAAUCAGUCGAAGAUGGAAACUCUCGUCAAGGGGACGCAACAUCAGCAACAACACCAUCAGCAUCAGUAGCGACAGACACGUCUGAUGUCGUCGGAAACAACAAGGCGAUAAUCCGAAGAAACACAAAUUUCUGUUACUUCUUACUUUUAUUUAAUGUUCACGCUUAUUUAUUUAUGCCGUCGUUGCGUCGAUGCUGGAAUCGUCUCUCAAUAGCAGUUUAUAUAAUUUAUAUCUCUAACCGCGUAUAAUUAAACGUCCAAUGGCUUGGAAAAGAAAGAAGAAAAGAAAAAGAAAAAUUACUUUCAACGAGAAAAGCGGAGCCAUCCGUUGCAUUUGUUCGAACGAUCUUUUUUUUUUUUUUUUUUGUUUUUUUUUGUAUUUACGAGUACACAUAUUCCGUAACAAAAGAUGUAAAACGGAAAGUUUACGUUUAAAGUUUACUUUUAAACAGGAAACUAACGAUAACACGGAUUUUAUAAUUCUUAUCGUUGUACAUAUCGAUAUAAUCUACACGUCGUGAAUAGAAAUUUUUCAUGCAAAA